AUGGAGCGAGCUGAACAUGUUUCCAACCUGACGCCAAUGGCGCCCCGAAUUGAGAGAGAGGUUGAGGUCGACAUUGUGCCGGGCACGGAGGUCAUGACGAACAUGGAUGGAGCGAGUUUCGAUCACGACUCCGGUAAUCAAGAUACAAUCGUCCUUAUUCCGCAGCCUACAGCAGAUCCUCAUGAUCCACUGAACUGGAGCACCUUGUGGAAAACCUUGGUUAUUGUCAACCAAGGCAUCUUCGUGAUUGCAAGCGUCAUUCCCACAAUGUCCAUAGCGCCAUUAACACCAAUCUUCAUGCAGCAAUGGCAAAAGUCAUUGGCUGAUGUCGCUUUGUUGACUGGGGUUACUGUCAUUCUUCUAGGCUACUGCAACUUCAUCAUCAUCCCUAGUUGUGAGAUUUUUGGCCGACGGAUAACCCUCCUUAUCUGCGCGAUACUGAACUUUGGUGCUUGUAUCUGGCAAGCAAAGGCAACAUCAUACGGUUCGUUCCUGGCCGCCCGGAUUCUCGCGGGGACCGGGGCUUCCGCGAAUGAGAGUAUCAUGAACGUCGUUGUUACCGAUAUAUAUUUCCUCCAUGAGCGCGGUAAAUAUGUCGGAUCCUACUUUUGGUGUUACUUUAUGGGUCUCUUUCUUGGCCCUAUCAUAUCAGGAGCUGUCGCGGAACAUGUUUCCUUUCGAGUCUUCUUCUGGGCUUGUACUGGCGCUCAGGGGCUUAACAUCAUUGGACUUUUGUUUUUCUUCCCAGAGACACGUCGUUUGAGAGAGCCGUGUUCUAUCCCAUCUAACCUCCCAACAGAGAUUCGGGGGAGUGGAAGGCCUAGUCGAUCCCAGUUUGACAUCUUUCAACCGAUCGACCGGACUGCCUGGCGAUCAAUCUUCCGGCACUUCUUCACCCCAGUGUAUAUUUUCUUCUUUCCCAUCAUCUUCUGGGCAUCGAUAUCGAUGGGCUCAGCGGCGAAUACCCUCUUGGCAGUCAACAUCCUGCAGUCUCCAGGCCUCGCUGCGCCGCCUUACAACUUCACGCCGGCGCAGGUUGGAUAUGCCAACUUUGCACUCGUAGUUGGUGGUGUGUUUGGACUCGCCGUGGCUGGACCAUGGUCGGAUUAUGUCUCACGGAAAGCAACGAAGAGUAAUAAUGGUAUUCGGGAACCGGAGAUGCGACUCGUGUCUCUGAGCCCAUUUAUUGCUGUCGUUAUUAUUGGGUUAAUUGUUUUCGGCGUUGGUCUGCAGGAUAAAUGGCCGUGGCCAGCCAUCAUCAUCAUUGGCUUCGGCUUCGUUGGCGUCCAAGUCGUCGCGAUUCCCACCAUCACCAUCACGUACGCCAUUGAUUGCUAUAGGCCAAUAUCGGGAGAGAUUAUGGCUAUUGCUACUGUCUGCAAGAAUAGCUUUGGAUUUGGGAUGACAUAUUUCGUAAACGACUGGGCUACCGCUGACGGCUUUGUACCGCCGGUAAUGCUUCUUAUGUCAAUGACGGCUGGCUUCACGUUGGUAGGAAUGGUCGCGUUGAUCUUCUACGGUAAGAGCUGUAGGCGCAGGACGCGAAAUUCGAAAGUGCAUUCGUUUUAG